GGAGAAAUGGGGGCGAGGGUGACAGACAACACGGGUGCCGCGAGCAGUGUUGCCUCGAGCAGUUCGCGUCAAAGGGUCACGACGGUCGCCACCAUCAUGCUGUUUCCAAGCAAGAUGGAGGCAAGGGCGUCUGCUGUAGCCGUGGGAGGAUUUAGGCAAGGAUGGGAGAGAGUCGGCCGCAUGGUCUUCCAUCCCGCGGACGUCUUCCCGACCGAGGUGGAGCUCAGGGAGGACCAAGGGACCCUUGAGGACCCCCCGCGGAUUUACGCAUUUGUGACAACGGCCAUGAAGUUGGUACUAAGCGUUGGCGUCUGCCCCCUUAGGAAGACGCAUUGGUUCGACGUCGGGGUCAUCUACGACGUCGUGAAGAAGUCUAUCCACCGCAAGUUCGAGAACGAGAUCAUGUGGUUGUCCCUGUGCAUUAUGCGGAACCACCAUGCUCGGCAGGGGCCAUUCAUAUGGAUCGAGCAUUACGAUCGCGUGGGACCGUAUGAUGUCGGAUUCCGUGAUGGCUGGAGCUCGGUGCGACCUGACGAUCCCCAGAUGGGGAGCCCCAACCUUGCUGAGAACGAUAGUCUGGGCGACGAGAGGCGCAAUGACAUUCAGGAACUCGCGAGGCUUUUUCGGCAAAACACCACGUCACAUGAGAAGUUUCCGAAAAUCAAGGUUCCUCUGUUCGAUGACGAGAAUGUUACGGACUGGCUAGAAAAAUAUGAGUUGAAUGCUCAUGUGCGUCAAUGGACGGAAUGGAAGAUGUUGGAAGUAGUAAAACGCUAUGUGCACGUUGAUCUUGCAGAAGAAGUCGAUGAGGAGGAUCGGAUUGUGUACACGAACAUUCGAGGCGAGGUGUUCGAUUUCGAAGGGAACCUUAUCGAUUCAUACAUAGAAGGAGGAAUGAGGAAGGAAGCAUUUCGAUGCAUGAACCGGACCAUGCCCUGCACUUACCGGUUGGUCUCGAAAGAGGAAAUGAAGAUUCUUGAGUCUAGAGAGGCUGCACGCCAGACAGUCGUUAGUAGGCCUGAUGUUAGUAAGGGCAAGACCGAAAAUGAGAGGGCUGUGCGAAAAGCCUUAAGCUCGAGAAGCGGUUUAAAGGCAUUUGGAGGCCAAGUUAUGAGACUGGGUCUCGACAUGGAAAAAAUUCGGCUGGGCAUGCCGAAUAUGUUUCUGCUUGGUGGGCACGACGGGAGAAGGGGCAUGGCUCCUUUGGCGGCGUCUCUGUCAGCAUUACGUGCGGAGAGGCCGUCAUCGUCCCACCUUCAGACGGCCUCUGCGGGAACGCAUUCCGUCUUGAACAGGCCCAUCCUCCGAAGAGGAACGUCACCAGCGGUCCCUCAAGCACAAAAGAUUAAGAAGGGAAACCAACCUCGAGUCGCGCCCAUUGUCAGUGCGAAGGCGCAACAAGAGGCGCCGGUAGUAAUCGUGGAAGAAGACUUGGACACGGAAGAUGAGAAAUUAAGGGCGGAGGACGAGCGUCAGGCAAGGUUACGCGCCCAAAAACGAGGUCUAGAUGAGAAUCAAGAUAAGGAAAAGGAUGAGGGAGAAGAGGAAGAGCACCAAAAGAAGAAGAACCGGUACACGAUUUCGAUUGAGGAAGGGAUCGACAUUGAGAAGAUGGUGGAUCGGAUACUUGAGAGCCAUCGAGAUUUGGUAACACUCAAGGAAUUUUUGGCAGCCUCGCCAAAGAUUCGGGAAGAGCUUAAGCAAAGAUUAACUCGAUGGAAGGUGAUGACGGUUAAACUAGGGGACGUAAUCCCACCUGAGGCAAAUUUGACUCCUGCAGGAGCAAAGAUGGAUUGGAGGUGUGUAGCGACUGGGCACGUAAUGGUCAAGAUAGGUGUUUCACAACACCUUGCGCUCGUUGACACCGGAGCGGAGAUGAACAUAUUAAAGGAAAAAGAGGCGCUAGAGUUAGGAAUUGAGAUUGAUCGCACUGAUAAUGAAUUUCUGGUUGGCGCCGGAGGGUCGACACCCUUCUGUGGAACUGCCAGUAACAUGUUCGAUUUUGAAGUCGAGAGGAUAGCCAGCGUGAAGAAUCGAGCAGACGGGCUAAGUAGAAUCGACUGGGACAACUCCGAGAUUCGAGCAGAGGACUCUGUGCCUGUUGACGGAUUCCUGGAGAUCGAGGAAGGUCAGCGAAGCAUAAAUUCUUACCAUUAUCUGGUUGAUGCGUCUUACCGGCAAGGGAGGUCUAUGUGGAACGGUCCCAACUUUUAUCAAGUUCGUCCUGAGCUGGUGAAAGAAGAGUCAUUUAUCGAGGAGGAUCCAUGGGGCGAGAGGUCCGGUGAGCGGAUGAUGAGUCUCGCACUCUCCGACUCUGUUCGGCUGUCGGAAGAUCCCUUGUCAAUUCAAGAAGGUUUCCGACAUGCCGAUGAGGUCCUCAGAGUAUCUGGCGGGACGUGUUUUGUGAUCAGAGGAAGAUUUGAGGGCGUUGGUACCAGUUGACGAGGACAGUAGGAUAAAAGAAGCCUUUAAGG